AUGGACAACAACCGCGCCCCAGCCCAUCCAUUCAUCUCAUCCGCCCACCUCACAAACGUCGUCCCCCUAGCCCAAGGCAUCGAAUUCCACGUCUACAAAGCCCAGUCCCCCCAAUACGGCACCGUCGCCCUCCGUAUCCCCCAGCACAAAGUAUUCCAAAACGUUAACGACCCGAACAAUGACGCCAAAGAGCUCAUCACGCAGGAGCUUGCCAUCUACAAGCUCUUACAUGGCACAGACGUCCCCGUCCCGCGAGCACAUCAACUCCUCGAAGUUGACGACUACCCCGCCAUGCUGAGCGAGUAUAUUGACGACGAUGGCACGGAAGCUUCACCCGCGGAAUUGGGUCGCGUGGCUGCUCUCAUACAUACCGCUGUCGUACCGGACGACUGGAACGUGAGGUUAGUGGCCAUGGAGGAUGGGGAUGCUAUCACGGCGCUGGUGAAUCGUAUGGUUAGGAGAUUCGAUCAGCUUGUGAAGGAGGAACCAGCUUGCAAGAGUUGGAUUCCAAAACGAGAGGUCCUUCAUGAUGUUGCUGAGAAACUGCAACGGUUUCCCUCGUGUCUUUUGCACAUGGAUCUUCGGGAUGUGAAUCUUCGCGUGAGAAAGGGAAAGGUUGUUGCGGUGCUCGAUUGGACGAGCUGCCUGAUUGGUCCUGCUGCCAUCGAUUUCUAUAGAAUCAUGGAGCUGGGCAAACCGGGUGAUGAGUUUGUGCAGGCGUACUCUACUCUUACGUCAUUGCCGCAAGUCACAGCUGAGGAAGAGACGUUCCUAAGACUCGAUGCCGCAUUGAUGAUAUCCCUGGUGUUCAUAUCAGAAGCCCCAGACGAGAAGCUAAGAGGACCAAGUGUGAAACGGGUUGAAGAAUUGGCCACGGCGCUUCACCAGCAUAGCCAAAGAUGA